AUGUCCCUCCCUCGAGUCUCCUAUCUAGAGUCUUGGGAGUCGAAUCCGGCAUCAUUCCGCCGUCAGCAGGAUCGGGAUCAGAGCCCCGUACGCGCACCCUACAAUGACGAUGACGAAGAAUCGUACAAUGAUCUUCCGGACACCUCAGUAGCAUCGUCAUUUCCAUCUGUCACCGAUCUACCGUCGCUAAGGCAACGUCUAAACUUCAACCCGAUUUCUGGUCUGGGCUGGAACCAGGCCACCAGAGAUGGCGCAGACCACGAUCUCAAUUCUCUGUCGAGAGUUUCCUCUCUCGUCUCCAAGCAUGGUCACGCCAAUCACUCCAUAGAGGGCGGAGAAGCAGCGGAUUCCGCUGAGUUGGAGCAAGAUAACUGGGGCCCGUUGGAAACCACCGGGGCUUUCGAAAUCGGUGGUGUAAAAAGAGCUUUCCAGAUAUUUGUUGCCGUGGUAUACUGCUUCUUUUCAGCAGGGACAGUGUUCGGGUUUGCAGCUAUCAAACCGGUGUUUAUUAGGGAAGGGGUUUACAGUGACUUUUGUUCGGGAGAAGAGGAUGCUUGCUACGGGCAGGAACUCCGUCUUAAUCUGAUGUUUACGAUUGCAGCAGUCGCCACCAACGUGUCCGCUCUCCCAGUCGGUACUAUUCUUGACACAUACGGGCCCCGAGUGUGCGGGAUAAUUGGAAGUAUUUUCCUCUUCGUGGGAGCGCUUCUCCUCGCACUAGCGAGCCGUCUUCCAUUCGAUGGAUACAUCCUUGGCUACCUUUUAUUAGCCCUGGGAGGACCAUUCAUUUUUAUUUCAUCAUUCCAUCUGUCGAACACCUUCCCAGCUCGCUCGGGGCUGAUACUCUCAUCUUUGACGGGUGCUUUCGAUGCAUCCAGCGCCGUGUUCCUGAUUUUCCGGGUCAUCAAUGAGAAAACAAAGGCCUCGUUCUCGUCCCAAAAGUUCUUCUUGGUUUACCUUAUGGUUCCAGUGCUUAUAUUAAUCGCGCAGAUGUCGAUCAUGCCAAAGACGUCGUAUAAAACGGCUGGAGAGCUCGUGCAACAAGCGGAAGAUCACAUUAUCGCCGAAGCUGCCGAUCGUGUCGAUGACGAUAUUUUGGACCGCGACGAGGGCGAGCGUCAACGAAAUGAUCGCCGUAUGCACCGCCAAAACGUUGUCAGCAAAAUCCAGGAUCUCCUUGCCGAUGACGACAACGCGUCCACCAUUACCGAUCUCGGUCAGGCAUUAAAUGACGGUCAGGAUAUCAACGAGAUCAAUGCAACACACACCCUCCCUGGCCUGAAUGCACCAAACAAGCACACUACCGGUGGUGUCUGGGGCGCAAUGCACGGCUGCUCCGCGAUUGAGCAGAUCCGCUCUCCGUGGUUCGCGCUGAUCGCAUUUUUCACUGUCCUCCAGAUGCUUCGCAUCAAUUACUUCGUCGCAUCCAUCCGCCAACAAUACGAAUAUCUCUUCGACUCCGUGGAAGACGCACGUCGCAUCAACGAAUUCUUUGAUUUCCUCCUCCCCCUGGGCGGCCUCGCUUCUGUUCCGUUCAUUGGAACAAUCCUCGAUACCGCCAGCACUCCAUUUGUCCUCCUUGUUCUCUCCGCAACGGCAACCGUCAUCGGCGCCCUAGGCUGCAUCCCAGAUAGCCAUGAAGCGGCCUACGCAAACGUUAUCCUCUUCGUCGUCUACCGCCCCUUCUAUUACACCGCCGUGUCUGACUACGCCGCCAAAGUUUUCGGCUUCCAAACUUUCGGCAAAGUCUACGGGCUGAUCAUCUGCAUCGCAGGACUAGGAAACUUCGCACAAGCAGGUCUCGAUACGCUCACAUUCACCGUCUUCGAGCGAAACCCCAUCCCAGUAAACUUCAUCUUAACGGCUCUCACGGCCGUCACGGGGGCUGCCCUCGUCCUCUUCGUCUGGCGCAAAGCCGCCGGUAUGGCGGCCUCGGGCGAGUUUGGUGCUGGUAUCACCGACCCCGAGUUCGCCGUCGUAGUCCAGGAUUACGAUGGCAUUGUGGCAAGAGAUUGGGAGCACCAGCCUCUUUUGCUGCCGCGUUCGAUUCCGUCGAGGCCGCAGCCACAGUCGCCUUCUUAUGGAAGUCUAAGGACUCCUUAG